AUGAACCAAACUGAGGUAGUACCCGCCUUACCCUCUCAGCCAGGAGCCGAGCUUCCACCGCAUUCCCAUGCGCCCCCUGAUCUCGAGGAUGUGCAGAGGGAGCUAUCUUUAGAAGACAGCCCAGAUGAUAAGAGUGAGAACGACAAGGAUUUGAAACUUGACGAAGCGGAAUUGAGAGCGCAGGACGAAAGGGAAUUGCAAGGCGGUCAAGUAGUCAUUCGUGAUGGUAACGAUGUCGCUAGAUAUGUUGUAUCUACUCAAGAUGACGGAGAUGCAGCAUUGACUUUGAGAUCGUUUGUCAUUGGGUCUGGUCUUACUGCUCUGGCAGCCUGUAUCAAUCAAAUUUAUUUCUACAAACCUGUAUCUGUCUCAUUCGAUUCCAUUUUCCUUGUCUUGAUCGCCUAUGUACUCGGCAAUGCCUGGGCUCUGGCAUUCCCCACAAAAUCCUCUAUCGAGCGUCGUUUCCCAAAGCAAGCGUCGUGGCUCGCUCCCAUCGUCCACUUCAUAAACCCUAGCAGAACAUUUGGACUGAAAGAGCAUGCCCUGAGCUCGAUCAUGUCAACAUCCUCGGGGAAUGGGGCAGAAGCCGUUCAGGUAUUCGCUGCGGAGAAACUCUACUAUGCAAACCCAUCUGGAAAAGCUGUGGCUAUCCUUACUGUCUUUUCCGCUUCUAUCCUUGGUUACGGAUUAGUAGGGUUGAUGAGAUCUAUAAUCAUCCAUCCCUCCCAAAUGGUUUGGUGGAAAUCCCUUCCUAUGGUAUCUAUCUACCAAACCCUCCAUCGAGAUACAAAGGGGAUGAAUAAGCGAAGGGUCAAGAUGUUCGCCUGGACCUCCAUCGGUGCAUUCAUCUGGGAACCUUUCGCUUCCUACAUCUGGCCUUGGGUGAACGGUAUCUCCAUACCAUGUUUGGCAUCCAUGCACGCUCCCACCAAGCCCAGGACAAUCAUCAAGAACAUCUUUGGAGGUGCCAACUCAAACGAGGGACAGGGUAUACUCAGCAUCUCGCUCGAUUGGCAAUACGUCACAUCAAAAUAUAUGGCUCUUCCCCUCAUUCAACAAGCCAACACUUGGGUCGGCCUCGUCAUCUCCUAUUUCAUGUGUUUGGUCCUUUACUACGGUAACGCAUGGAAUGCCAAACACCUCAAUUUCAUGAGUACAAGUUUGUUUAACGAAAAGACCGGAAAGGCCUACAAUCAAUCGGCUGUGUUCGACAGUAACAAUCGACUCAUCGUCUCUGCUUUGGAGAAACAAGGUCUUCCUAGACUUACAGCAACGAAUAUUUGGUAUAACUUGGUCGCUAUGAUGGCUAUUGGCGCUUUGAUCACCCACAUUUCCCUUUUUUACGGUAAACAGAUCGUCAAGAGUGUCAAAGAAGCCCGAGAAGGUUCGGAGUCCGACCCCCACUAUCUCGUCAUGAAGAAGAACUACAAGCAAGUACCUUUAUGGUGGUACGUCGCUGUAUUGUCGGUGGGUUUUACUUUGGGUAUGAUCGCUGUCUGUAUUGGACAUACCGGUAUGACGUGGUGGAGUUAUCUGGUCGCAUUGGGUCUUGGGUUCGUUAUCACACCCUUCUCUUUGAUUCUCUAUGGUCUCUUGGGAACUUCAGUGGCUACCAACAAUAUCUCCAAGAUGCUUGCUGGUGCUGUCCUUCCCGGUCGACCAGUCGCCAACUUGUACUUCUCGAUGUUCUCCCACGAAGUUACCGUCUUAGCUGUAUUCCUCGCUGAGGAUCUCAAGCUCUCUCAAUAUCUCAAGAUCAGCUACCGAACAAUGUUCAUCUGCCAAACUUACUCGAGUCUGCUGGGAGCAGUGCUCAACUACGUCAUGAUGGAUACGAUCACCACCAAUAAACGGGAGAUUUUACUUGAUCCUACAGGUUCGCAAGUGUGGUCUGGCGUCGGUGUACAAUCGCUCAACUCCAACGCCGUCACUUGGUCGUUGGCCAAAUACGUUUACACUUUCAACAACGAUGGUUACGGUAUCAUCCCCUUGGGUCUAUUGAUUGGAGCUUGCAUACCUGUGAUCCAUUGGUUGAUCGCCAAGAGAUAUCAGAAAAUAGGUCCAAUCACCGUAUCUAAAGUGGUAACACCUGUUAUCCUCGUCAGUUCGGCUGUGACGUACGCCGGAUCUACUUCAGUGCAAACGUCCCGUAUCUUGACUGGUCUAUUCUCUCAGUGGUACAUGAGAUUGAGGAAUCCAGCCUGGUUCGGUAGAUACAAUUAUAUCGUCGGAGGUGGCCUAGAUGCAGGUGCAAAAGUCAUGAUGUUCAUCUUGACUUUCGCUGUCAACGGUGGCGGUGGUUCCGAAGUCCCAUUCCCUACAUGGUGGGGUAACCCCAAGACAAGCUCAAAGCAGUAUGCCGAUUAUUGCGGUACUGGAUAG